AUGACGACCGGUGGGCGCUACUAUUCCGAGCUUCUCCUCCUCGUGCUCUGCGCCCACGCCUCCAAAUACUACGACAGUAGCCAUGCCCAACUCUUCUUCAACCGUGUGCGACUACUUCUCGGUGAAGAAAUACAGAAACCGAGCUCGAUUCCAACGAUACAAGCCCUUCUUCAACUAAGCGCUAGAGAGCUCGCACAGGGAGCCAUCUCCCAGGCGUGGCUGUACAGUGGCAUGGCGUUUCGCAUGUCUGCUGAUCUUGGCCUACAACAUAAUGGCCCAGAUAUUGCUGAUCUCAAGGGACUGGAUCCCGUUGAUCUGGAGAUUCGAAAGAGGCUGUUUUGGAGUUGUUACUUUUGGGACAAAGCCAUCAGUCUUUAUACCGGGAGACUACCGGCGGUCACAGAGCUGCCGCAAAGCCCAAUUGACUUUAUGGAUGAUUCCGCAGAAUCCGAUACCUGGUCACCCUACCACGAAGACACUUCUCCCCUUACCCGCCUGGCGCCCAAUCAAUAUCCCGCUAUGCAGAGUCAUGCAGUCUCUUGCUUCGCAAACUCAUGUCGACUAUCAGUCAUCAUUAACGACAUAAUUGUGCAGCUAUACGCCAAGAGAAGUCGAGAGAUGACAGAGACAUCCUUGAACGACAUCAAGGCUCGGCUAGAUAGUUGGCGAGCCGAAUCUCCAUCGCAUCUACGAUAUGAUCCUGAGAAUUUGCCUACAGUCUGUCCACCACCACACAUCAUCUCACAAAAUCUACUAUAUUUCACCACGGUCAUCUUGGCGCAUCGCCCAUUUUGGUCAGCCCCAGCCUACUAUCAAGUAUGCAUAAGCGCAGCAUUGAGUAUGGAAAAACUUCUACUACUACUCGAAUCAACAUUUGGCUUCGAGAAUAUUACAUAUCUAAUGGGGUACUGUAUCUACACUGGCGCAUCAGCAGUCCUUGAAGAUGCGAAAAACAACGGCGGUGCAUCACACCCCACUAUGCAGACCUUCCUCAGGGCACUGAAUGGUGGCAUGGCCAGAUGUCCAUUGCUGGAGAGAAGCUUGCACAUCAUUAUCAAAGGUCUUAAACGCUCGCCGGUUUAUCGAGCACCAGCCGAGAAUUGCGUGUCCGACAACACUACCACAACUGCAGCUGUCAACAGCUACAUCCCGGCAUUCCCGUAUCUGGAGCCUGUAAGCCCUAACGACUUUGAUAUGGAUGCGUAUCUUCACAGCAUGAUGAACAUGGAUACGAUGGCUUCCCUGGACUGCUAUCCCGAACUACAAAUUGAUUUGGACGAAAUGAUGAGACAUGCACCACCAUAA